ACAACUCUUCAAGCUUUUCAAGAAAAAAUAAACGAUAUCUAUAUCGAAUAUGCAAACCAGUAUAACAUUGACGAGGGAGAAUACCAUCUCGAUAUUAUUUAUGACAGGAAAAAUGCAACUGUUAAAAUCAAUAGAAUAGAAGACCUUGGAGAAAACGUUUAUAUUUCUACAAAAUAUAACAACUUGGCAUGGUAUAGAUUUAUGAGGAUGUUAAAUCAGCCUGCAGCAUAUCCAGUACACCCAGACUUUUAUGAAGUCGAAAACCCUAAUGGAACAUAUGAAAAUGUUUUCGACCCAGCUGCUAUUAUUGUUCAUGCUUCAUUUUCUGGCGCCCAAAACUCUUUCUUAUGCUUGGCAAAUGACUUUUACGAAAAACCUACAAAGUUAUACGAACCACCAAGUGGAAGUAUUUCAGACUUUCAAGUAUGGUUUACUACAGAUGGAAGAAAAAGAAUAAUUCCAUUAUACCAUGCGUUUUACUUAGAACUUAGUUUCAUAUACAACUACUAUCGAACGGUAAAAAUAUAA